AUGUCUCCAGCCGCCGCUUCUCCCCCCUCCCGCAACCUGCCUGGCCUCCCCGUGGAGGGUCCCCCCAAUCCCGGCUUUGGCCGCCGUCUUGCGCGGCUCGGCCGAGAAAACUUCUUCCACGGCUCGGCGGUGUCCACCUGGCUGGGCUUCGCCUGCACCUUUGUGGCGCGACCCUUUGGCGGGCUGGUCUUGGGCGUGGUGGGCGACAUCUUCGGCCGAAAGGCUUCGACAUUCUUGUCGAUCUUCGGCAUGAUGGUUGGCACCGUGGGUCAAGGCAUUUUGCCGCUCCUGGCUGUGAGGAUUGCACUUUUUGACCGAGCAAAGAGGGGUUCAGUGUGA